UGCAUACUUGAAUUAUUAAGUUUCGUAUAAGCUGAGUAUAACACACUUCUUACAUACUUACCAGUUCUGAUUCUUUUGCUUUUUUUCAUAAUUCUUAUAUCAACUGCCGACAACUGAUACAAAGUUUUGAUAGGUCAUAAUCGACGAAAAAAACUAAUUCAUAAGAGAAUGAAGAGAGAUAAGACCGAGAUUAAUCUUCCGAGCGGAGAUGAGAAAAUUUGAAAAAUGUUCAGUCUGACGACGAGCAUCUCGCACCAGCCAAGCAUUUACUAUCGAUGCUCUAAAAUUGGUUUGAGCAAUUUUCAAACUCAUUACUGUUGUUCGAAGAACUAUAUUCAGUAUAAUCAAGUGGGAUGAAGUUGGAAAAUUGCAAAUUUAUCAUCAUCGAAAAAUCUGCUGGAUCAGCAUGUAAAGUGGAAGUGAAAUCAGGACCAAGGAAGAGAAAAGCGAAACCGAUCUCGGACAGCUGGGUCCUAAGCGACUGCGAGGCCGUCUGUUCGAAUUGCGGCUCGCGUUCCAAGGUCGUCUACGGCAGGAACAAGUGCGAGCUGUGCCGUGCCCCGAUCCGUUACGACUGCCUGACCUGCUCCAAGUCCUAUCGAAGCUACAACGAGCUGUCGAGGCAUACGAUCGUCAAGCACCACUCGACGUCGAGCGUCGAGCGCUACGACUGCGCCAAGUGCCAAAAGUCCUUUCUGCUGAAGAAGCGACUGCGAGAUCACGAGAGGGCCUACUGCUCGGCCGCCGUGAGGACCUACCGCUGCGAGCACUGCCCCUACGAGACGCCGAUCAAGUCCAACUUGGCGAGUCACGCCAGGACUCAACAUUUCAGCGUAUACUUUCCAAAUAGAAGCUGCGAGUGUGGCAAAAUUUUCAAGAGCUCGAGCUCCUGGACGAGACACAAGCGGCAUCAUUGCUUUAACAAGAUUAAACUUAAAUGUCACUUGUGUGGAUCGAGUUAUAAUAGGAAAGAUUAUUUGAGAAAACAUAUAAUAAAUCAGCACGCACCCUUUCUGUGAUCGAUUCACAUCUAUCUCAUCGAUAUUCGCACUUUAUGUCAGCUCCACUGACAGAUUAAUUAAUUUCAUUAAUUGUUCUAACUAUAUUCAUUAUGCAUUGUUAAUUAUGAGCACGUGUCUACGACGCCAGAUGUCUAAAUUAAUUCAAAAGCCAAUUACCAAUAGCCACCAUCAAAUCAAAUCGGACAACUUAC